AUGGCUUCUCAGGCGGCCCUGAUAGACGAGACCAUCGUCGGCUUGAAGAGAGCCCUUUUGCGGCAUGCCUCAGAUGCUGCUUACGACGAUGCGAUUAACCAGCCCUCCAACCGCGGAAACAAGACCAGGCUGAAUGCAGAGUUUGUCCGGGAGGGUGCCCUAGGUUGCAUGAACCAUGAACGAUUUUAUAGAAAAAAAGCGGAACAUUCAGGGUACACGCGAGACAUACUAGAAAGCAACCCACCGCGCUACGAUGCGGAGGGAGACGAGCUUGAUUUCGACGACUCUGACGCCGCUGCUGAUGCCGAAGCAGCGGACGAUAACCCGUUUUCAUCAACUCGCUUGGAUGACCUUCUAGCUCCAUUGACACAUCCUUCUGAGCUUGCGAAUCAUUCCAUGGCGAACGCAUACACUAAUAAAGCAAUCACUACGAUGAUCGAGCGAAUCAACCGACGACUCCGACUAGAACGGCAUGCGCUCUGGCAAGCGAAGAAUGUUUAUAGACAGCUUGUCACGGACUCAAUAUGGAUGCCUUGUGGCGCCGUGGAGCGGGAUGAUGAUGCAGAAUUGUUUGGUGCACCAACUCCACAUUCUAUGGCUCAGGAGCCGUCCGGUUCUAACCCGACGGCCACGAACUCUUCAGAUCGUAUGAAUGUUGAUCAACACAGUGAUAUCAACGGAGACAUUUCCACGAGUAAAGACAGAAAAAAUGACGACAAAAAGGUAGAUCAACCAGACCAGCCUCCAGACAACUCCCAUGAUCCUGACGGGGACGCUAUAAUGGAAUCAGCGGAUGCGAACGAAAGGGAGAGCAAUGACCGAAAGGGAGGCGGAGGAGAGCCGGAAGGCGACCAAGCCGAGUCAGGGUCACCGAAGGACAAGGAUAAGGACAAGGAGAUGACAGAUGAUGGGUUUCUGCAUCCGCGUCGAAUGACGACUAGAGCUCAAGUAAGCGCAAACCAGAAUACAGCUUCGCAGGAGAAGCAAAAUGAGAAGGAAAACGAGGCGUUGUCUUUAGAAGUUGAUCCCAUCUUUCGGCUACCACGAAUGCCACUAGAGGAGCAGAACUGUGGCUUAACCCAGAGCGAAGCUGAUGAAACACGCCGUAUGCUAUGGGCGUAUAUCCAGAAGCAAGGUGAGAGCGUACGUCUGUUCACUGAGAUGCUCAAGAUGCUGCGCAAGUCGCAUCGAAUGAAAGAAGAAGUAUGGGAAUGGUGCAAAGCGGAGGCACAUAUCGGGGAGAUGAGUGAUGGAGAAGAUUGGUACGAUAAGGAGCGAUGGGGACUGGGAGAGGGCGAGGAUCUGAGAAAGGGGGCGGAUGAAGAGGAGACUGAGGGAUUAGAUGAAGGGAGACCGACGGGUAAACGGGGGAGAGGACGGAGGACUUGA